AUUUCCCCUUUCCCAAGAAUGCACUGAAUAGUAGUCGUUAUUUCUCCAGUUGAAAAACCCUAGCUCACCUCAUAAACCCCUCACUUCCCAUUUCUCGCUCACUCCUAAGCUACACAUAAACACAACACCCCUGUAUCUGUAACCCUGAUUUGCGUGGAGAUGUUCGCCGGAAGAUUCAAAGAGCUGGUGAAAAAGUAUGGUAAAGUAGGAUUGGGCGUACAUUUCUCAGUCUCCGCCGCCUCAAUUUCUGGUCUUUACGUUGCCAUUAAGAACAACGUAGAUGUUGAAUCCAUGCUCGAGAAAGUUGGCAUGCCCAGCCUCGCAAAGGAUAAGGAAACCAAAACUUCCGAUCUGCCAGCCGAAAAUCCCGAAACGGCUAUCGGCUCUGAUUCAGGUUUCCGGAACGAUCGGACAGUGGAGAAGGAGAGGAAUCGGACGGCUGAGCUGGCGGCCUCUAGCGGCGGUGCUUUGGCUUUGGCUGUGUUGAUUAAUAAGGCGCUUUUUCCAGUUCGGGUUCCGAUCACAUUUGCGCUUACACCGUCGAUAGCGCGGUUUCUUGCGAGGCGCAAUCUCAUCAAGAACAAUGUAUGAUUACUUAUGUUUUUUUUUUGUGAUUCUUGUUUUAAAGAUACAAUUAGUAGUUACAAGCUAGCUCUGUUUACCGAAAUUUGUUCAUUUUGAUGCAAUGUGGAUUUGGAAUAAAAGCAGAGGCAGAAAGCUGUGGUUAAUGCACUUAGGUCUAUAUUGUGUACUUUAGAUUUUGAUCUUUUUUCUUUCAGAUGGGCGUUCAUUUCUGUGCCAGUUAUAUGCCCUUUGUUGAAAAUAUACAAGCUU